AUGUUGCAGAGGAAGCGCCAACAGGCGGAGAUGAGGCGCACCCAACGCGAGUGCGACCUCCGAGAGAACCACCCGUUUUUUGAUACGCCACUACUUCUGGUGGGCCGGGAGUCCAAGUUCAGGCUCUGCUGUCAAAGCAUUACGAGUGCCAAAUACGACCCCAAGAGUCGCGAUCCCAUCACCGGUAAAGAGCGGAAAGUGCGAUACAAAGGCGCCCACGAGUUGCUGGGAUUAGUGCCGUAUUGCGAUUGGCUUAUGAUUAUAGUGACCACAGCCUCCUGCGCCUCAAUGAUGUUUGAGACGGGAACUUAUCGGGUGGCCGAAACGCCGUGGCUCAAAGGGGCUGAGUAUACGUUUGUCGUAGCCAUGGCCAUUGAACUGUUGCUGAAGACUUUAGCCGACGGCUUACUCUUCACACCGAACGCCCUGUUGGCACACGUGGCCGGCAUAAUGGACUUCUUCAUAUUUGGCGUGUCCCUGGUGUUCGUAAUCGUCAUGCCAUCCCACGUGCCGCCACAGUCUCUCAAACAAACACUACUCGUCCUCAGAUGUGUUCGUCCGCUAAGAAUCUUCUCAUUAGUACCUCAUAUGCGGAAAGUUGUGUACGAAUUGUGCCGCGGAUUCAAAGAGAUUGCUUUGGUAUCAGUGCUGCUCAUUGUAUUGCUGUUUGUGUUCGCGUCGGUAGGCGUCCACAUGUUUGGCGGACUACUGGCCCGAUGUAAUGACCCCAGUAUUGUCAAGAGAGAAGACUGUGUGGGAGUAUUCAAGAGGCAAGUGCAUGUGACCAGGAUGAAGUUGGAGUAUCAUAAUGAUUCUAUGCCUGUCAUACUGGUGCCCAGAGUAUGGGCAAACCCUCGCCGCUUUAACUUUGAUUCGUUGGGAAACGCAAUGUUAGCCCUCUUUGAAGUGCUUUCGUUCAAGGGAUGGCUCGAUAUAAGGGAUGUCUUACUCACCCGACUAUCGCCUUUGCAUACCAUAUAUAUCCACGUCUUUGUAUUCCUCGGGUGUAUGAUUGGGUUAACACUGUUUGUUGGCGUCGUUAUCGCUAAUUAUGGCGAGAAUAAGGGGACAGCCCUACUGACUGUCGACCAGAGGCGUUGGUGUGACCUGAAAAAGCGACUAAAAAUUGCUCAACCGCUUCAUUUGCCACCCAGACCGGAUCACCACAAGGGUCGGGCCAUAAUCUAUGACAUCACGCAACACAUAAUCUUCAAGCGAGCGAUCGCUAUAUUAGUUUUGGCCAAUUCGUCGCUAUUAUGCGUGUCAUGGGAUGCCAAACAGUCGCAUACCAUCCCAUUGGCCACCAUAUCCGCCUCAUUCACCUGCGUAUUCGUCAUCGAAGUACUCAUGAAGAUGAUUGCGUUUACAGCCCGCGGCUAUUGGCAGUCACGAAGAAAUCGCUACGACCUGUUUGUCACAGUAUUGGGUGUCUUAUGGCUGGGCCUACACUUCCUGCUGAUGAACGAGAUGUCCAACACGUUUGGCUUCAUUGUGGUGAUAUUGCGGUUCUUUACGAUCACCGGAAAACACGCCACACUCAAGAUGUUAAUGUUGACGGUGGCGGUCAGUGUCUACAAGUCCUUCUUCAUCAUAAUGGGUCUCUUCCUACUGAUCCUGUGCUACGCGUUGGCCGGAGUCAUACUCUUCGGAUCGGUUAAGUUCGGCGAAAACAUCUCACGACACGCCAACUUCAGAACCGCACCGCACGGUGUGAUCACUUUGUUCCGGAUCGUGACCGGCGAGGACUGGAAUAAGAUCAUGCACGACGCCAUGCUCUCACCACCGUUUUGUACCCGGGGUGAGGAUUACUGGUCCACCGAUUGCGGCAACUUCUCGGCCUCCCUGUCCUUCUUUUGCUCGUUUUACGUGUGCAUCACAUAUAUAGUGUUGAAUCUAUUGGUGGCUAUAAUUAUGGAGAACUUCUCCCUCUUCUACUCCAACGAAGAGGACGCCCUCCUAUCGUACGCCGAUAUCCGCAACUUUCAAAACACCUGGAAUUUAGUCGACUUAUUACAGAGAGGAAUGAUUCCCAUCUCAAGAGUCCGAUUUGUGUUGAGACUUCUCAAGGGAAGGCUAGAAGUGGAUCCCAAUAAGGAUCGACUUCUGUUCAAACAUAUGUGUCAUGAAAUGGAAAGACUGCAUAACGGAGAAGACGUCACCUUUCAUGAUGUGCUCAAUAUGUUGUCCUAUCGGUCCGUCGAUAUCAGGAAAUCACUGCAAUUGGAAGAGCUCUUGGGUUCGUACACGCACGCUCUGUUCACUGUCUACCAGUCGGCCUCCCAGGAGGGCUGGAGUCACGUGAUGUACGCGGCCAUGGAUUCUCUGGACGCGUUUAGGGCCGCCUUUUACUUCGUGACACUAAUCUUCUUCCUCGCGUGGCUCGUCAAGAAUGUCUUCAUCGCCGUCAUCACCGAAACAUUCAACGAGAUUCGCGUCCAGUUCCAGCAGAUGUGGGGCGAGAGGGCGCAGAUCACCACCGAAGCCACGCCAUCGACAUUAGUGGGCGAGACUCAGUGGCGGCUGAUCCAGUUGACCGAUACGGACAACCAGUCCCGGGCGCCCAGGAUUAUCAAAGCCGUCAUCUCCACGGCCUCCUUCCAGAUCUUCAUAAUGAUUGUCAUUGUGGCCAACGCUAUGGUCAGCUCGAGCGUCAAGUUUGAGCACUCGGGUCGACCCCGAGACGAGUUUUACAAGACUUUGUACCCCUUGGAGGUCGGGUUCACCCUUUUGUUCGACAUCGAGGCAGUGGUCAAAGUGUGGUGCUAUGGCUACAGGGCUUACAUUCACCGAUCCCUACAUAAGUUGGAGCUAUUGUUGGCCAUUGGAUCCACUAUCCAUAUAAUCCCCAUAUUCUAUAUGAGCGCACCGUUAGUCUACUUCCAAGUGUUGAGAAUUAUGCGAUUAAUCAAAGCGUCGCCAGUCUUAGAGGACUUCGUGUACAAGAUCUUCGGUCCGGGAAAGAAGUUGGGAUCCAUUAUCAUAUUUACCAUGUGCUUGCUUAUUGUNCCCAUAUUCUAUAUGAGCGCACCGUUAGUCUACUUCCAAGUGUUGAGAAUUAUGCGAUUAAUCAAAGCGUCGCCAGUCUUAGAGGACUUCGUGUACAAGAUCUUCGGUCCGGGAAAGAAGUUGGGAUCCAUUAUCAUAUUUACCAUGUGCUUGCUUAUUGUCACCUCAUCGAUAUCCAUGCAAUUGUUUUGCUGUUUAGCCAAAUAUGAAUACCAGAAGUUUCAGGCGUUUCCAGAAGCUUUUAUGUCAAUGUUUCAAAUCCUGACUCAAGAGGGAUGGACUGAAGUGAUGAACGAAACCAUAUUGAGGUCGAGCCGUAGUAUCGGCCCAUUAGUUGCCAUUUAUUUCAUAUUAUACCAUCUGUUCGUGUCUUUGAUUGUGUUAUCGUUGUUCGUCGCCGUCAUUCUCGACAACUUAGAGCUCGACGAAGACAUCAAAAAAGUGAAACAAUUGAAGGCUAGGGAACAGUCUGCGGGUAUCAACGAAGAGCUACCUCUACGGCUCCGGCUGUUUGAGUCUUUCCCGGACUCACCGCAGAUGACUCGCGUGCAUAAGGCCUGCAACGAGUUCUCUGUUCCCAAAGUUCGCGACUCUUUUAUGCGAUGUUUUGUGGAUUUGUCUGAAAUCCAAGAGUCGCCGACAGGGAAACGGCUGAUUGAGAACGGCAUGGAAGUGACCAUAAGAAAGCACAUACCGUUGCGUUUGCUGACCUCCCCCUCAAAAACCCGACAAUCGUCGCCACUGUUGCGAAGAGUUCACGUGUCGUCCAUUGUGUCCGACUCUAACAAUCAGCGACUUUUGGUCAGCGAUUCCGCCACUCAAUUGGCGGGACUGUCGCGAGUGAACGGCCGAAGUAUGCGGCGGUCGGUCAGAGGCAACCUCAAGGAGGAGGUCCGGGAAGAGGGCGGGGAGAGCGGCGGCCCCACCGUUAGGGGACAGGACUUUGACUUCAAAAUGUUGCAGAGGAAGCGCCAACAGGCGGAGAUGAGGCGCACCCAACGCGAGUGCGACCUCCGAGAGAACCACCCGUUUUUUGAUACGCCUCUACUUCUGGUGGGCCGGGAGUCCAAGUUCAGGCUCUGCUGUCAAAGCAUUACGAGCGCCAAAUACGACUUCAAGAGUCGCGAUCCCAUCACCGGUAAAGAGCGGAAAGUGCGAUACAAAGCCGUCCACAAGUUGCUGGGAUUAGUGCCGUAUUGCGAUUGGCUUAUGAUUUUAGUGACCACAGUCUCCUGCGCCCAUAUGAUGUUUGAGACGGGAACUACUCGGGUGGACAAUACGCGGUGGCUCCGAGGGGCUGAGUAUACGUUUGUCGUAGCCAUGGCCAUUGAACUGUCGCUGAAGACUUUAGCGGACGGCUUACUGUUCACACCGAACGCCCUCUUGGCACACGUGGCCGGCAUAAUGGACUUCUUCAUAUUUGGCGUGUCCCUGGUGUUCGUAAUCGUCAUGCCAUCCCACGUGCCGCCACAGUCUCUCAAACAAACACUACUCGUCCUCAGA